AUUUACCUCAAUAAUUUUUGCUUGUUGAACUUGUUGGCAAAAGAAUUUUGGUGAAAAUGCCUACCACACAACGGGAAACUACAGUCUCCGUGCCUUUGACACCGACGAGAUCGAAUUUGUACUGGCGGCGAAUAUUUAACAAGUACGAUCGGGACAACGAUGGAAAAAUAUCAUAUGUCGAACUCAAACAAAUUAUAGAUUCCAGAGAAUACGAUCACGAUCUCCCUGACAAUGUAGUCAGUAAAAUAAUGGCAUUAGCCGACAGGGACAACUCUGGCUACUUGGAUUUUGACGAGUUUGUCGAAAUGAUGCACAACCCGGAUUUGAAAGCUGUAUUUGGACAUUUUGUCGCGAGAUACGUGCAUUCCAUCGUACCACACAGAGGUCCUGUUGACGCUACAGGACCUUGGCAAGGUUUCCGCGCCGUGACUACAACAGACACCGUCUGUCCAACCACUCGAAGCCAUACGAUUUUCACAUAUAAAGACGGCACCUACGAAGAAGAAUACACCUGCUGGCCGCCAGCCAUCUCCAUGAUACUGAUCUCUUUGGUGGAAAUCGUCCUGUUCUGCUACGAUGCUGCGCACAACAAGAUGGACGCGUCUGGCCCGAUCGCGCAGUUGUUCAUAUACAAUCCUCAUAGACGAAAAGAAGCCUGGCGGUUCUUGACAUACAUGCUUGUUCAUGUUGGUGUCGUCCAUUUACUCGUGAACCUCCUGGUGCAACUGUUCCUUGGUGUUCCAUUGGAAAUGGUGCAUCGAUGGUGGCGUGUCAUUCUAGUCUACCUAGCUGGAGUUGCAGCUGGGUCUCUGGCAACCAGUCUGACUGACCCUCGCGUUUAUCUAGCUGGUGCUUCUGGAGGUGUUUACGCGCUUAUCGCUGCGCAUAUAGCCACGAUUAUUAUGAACUGGCAAGAGAUGGAGUUCGCGAUCAUCCAGCUGUUAGUAUUCCUGCUCCUGGCGGCAGUUGAUGUCGGCACUGCUGUGUACGACCGGUACUUUAGAAAUCUGCAACAGAACGUUGGAUAUGUUGCCCAUUUGGCGGGUGCUGUCGCUGGCCUUCUAGUGGGAAUCGGGGUUCUGCGUAACCUGGAAAAACGCAAAUGGGAGAAGCGUCUGUGGUGGGCGGCGGUGGUGCUUUACUUUACUCUGAUGAUCGCUGGAAUUUUGGCCAAUAUAUUUUGGACUGAUCACUUCCCACCUAGUACUGUUUAAUAUAGAGUUUAUAGACAAGAUGGAGAGGGUCACACGCUCUUUUAAUUGCCAAAGGAUCUCUUGGACCAUAUUUAUCGUCAUAAUAUAUUCCAUCAAAAGCAACAUUUUAGAAGUCGUAGAUAGCGCAGCAGUAAUCACUUAAAAGAAGUAAAUAGUGAAUUCAAACGAAAUUCAAUUCCGUAUUUUCGCAAAAAUACGCGAUGCGUAACAGAUUUAGUAAAAAAAAAAAAAA